AUGCCGGCCUCGCCGAAUAAGAUACCCUCCGCUCAGGCGACACCCACCUUUGCUCAGCAGAUACCCGAAUUGCCAAAUAAGAAUAUCAUGAACUGGUCGACGGAGGAUGUUGUUACUUUUAUGAACGAGUUGGGUUUGCCUCAGUACCCGGACGCUUGGAUAGAUAACGAGGUCACUGGCGACGCACUCAUUCACUUAAACCAUGAUGAAUUACUGGAAAUGGGAAUCGAAAGUAUUGGGCAUAGGAUGCAGAUCCUUAAGGCUGUCUACAAAGUCAAGAUUGCCCAUGAGGUUCCCAUCGAACCAGAACAUUAUGUUCCAAUUACGGCCAAUCCCGCCGACGCCAACCCCGAUACCACCUUCGUCACCGUAUCCGAAUUCCAGCAAUUGAUAUCCGCAGUGAAACUCCGUGAUGAUAAAGUGUUUACGUUGGAACACGAAUUGCGAAGGGUCAACGACGCCUUCAAUAGGCUGCGAGAGGAAAUGCUUCCGAUUCUUAAGACGAUCAAAAACGAAACGAAACCCCUACCGAAACCAUCAUCCGCAUCAACAGCAACAGCAACCUCGACUACACCAACAUACAAAGAUUUCGACAACAUUGCUUACGAUAGGGAUACAGCCUAUAGAACUCGGGGAGAACACGCAUCGGAAAGCGUCGAUAUUCGACGUGAACCGACCCCUCAACCUCUGUUAUCACAACCGCCAACGAGGAAAUACUCGGUCAAGAAGGUCGAUAGCGGGAAGAAUUACUUGAAGGGUGCGAUAUCACCUGGAAGCGACAGGAGUACAAUCCGCGAGCAAUUUGUAACCGUUCCGGACCCUACUGGCACUAUGGAUUCGAUUGCUAGCACACUGGUCCCGACACCUAGUAGUGCAAUUCAGUCACCUCCGACAACAAUCGUCGGGAAGGAGAGGUCCGAAUCUACAGUAUCUAUGCCUAUGGCUUCGCUUGCAACGCCAUCAUCACCGCAUAAUGGCGGCCUCUCACAUAGCGUUAUAGGGCGAAGCUUUAGCACCAACAGACCCAGCGGCCGUUACGGCAGAAGAGAGGAGCCGGAACAACAUCUGAGAGCACGAUCACGAGAUCGUGAUCUCCGAAGACACGAACCACCACCAAUGGCUUCCCCGCCCGCAGCAGAUGACGAAGGCAGCAAUCCACCUACCGUGGAGAUUUUCAAGUCCUUCAGGGUAUCCAUGGACGACCCAUGUUACAAAGUGCUCCCAGCUGCCCUCAAACGAUACAACAUUCAAGCCGAUUGGCAACACUAUGCACUUUAUAUUGUAUACGGAGACCAAGAACGCUGCUUAGGAUAUGAGGAGAAGCCUCUCAUUCUGUUCAAACAACUUGAUAAGGAAGGAAAGAAGCCGAUGUUUAUGCUCAGAAGGCAUAUAAACCCGGAAUCAGGACAACCGACCGGUGUGGUGACUGCAAAUCCACCCGGAGGCGUCCUAUAA